AUUCAAAACUCGCACUAGGAGUGAUAAAAGCAAAUAUGCAGGAGAAUUUACAUUGCUUGAAGUAAAAAAGGGAGAAUACUGUCGCGUGACCUAUCUCUGUGAGUAAAUCAAGUGUCGAAUACCGGUACCGGUCUUAGCUUACGGGGUCAAAAGCUGACCUGCUGAAUACCUCCAUUACAGGAUAGCUAAGGUUUCUUUGCGAUACAAAGAAAAUUCUGUCUUAGAAAUCUUGCUUGUGGUUGAUGAAAAAGCAGAAAGUCUUCUCCAUAUUAUUCGCUUUUUACUACCAGAGUACUGAUACAGCGUAUUCAACGUACUGAUACAGCAAACUUGAUAUUCACUAUAAUUCACAAUACAUACCGUGAAUUUCUUAUUUGUUCAUUGACUGAAGCAUCCUAUUGCCCGAAUAAAAUUGAAUAACAAGCUUCAGGAAAGACGAACAUAACAUGAAACAGAUAUUAAAUGAUAAUCUUCGACUAACAUUUUAUAGACUCAAUUAAUAAUGGCAAUCCAUUGAUUAAAAUGUAUCGCUGUUCUAUAAUUUGGCAUUAAUUAUAUCAACAAAAAAUUGCCUGUUAAAAAAUAUAUAUACACACAUAAUAUAUUAUCACUUCAUGUACCGCCAAUUAAUUACACACAAUUAUAAAAUUAUUUUUGAAUGUAUUUAACAAAUAUUAAAUAUAGCAAAUUUACGCUAUUGACAUUUUCGAAGUGCGUGUAUGAACAAUUUGCUUCUAUAAAAGUAUUUGAUGACAUCCAUAUUUUUUUCUCGGAUAAUUUUACAAUUCCUCGAAUCUGAGAACUGAUUAAAUUUCAGAAUAUGAGAAAUUCUUAUUCAGCAAUUUUACAUACGGUUUUCAGACCGAGAAGUCAUGUCAGUCUUGAGUGAACUGCAGCAAGAACAACAAGAGAUCAUGAUGUUUUUAUAUCAAGAAUUAUUCUUAGUGAUGAUAAUAUUGACAAGUAUCGUACUUGCCAAUGUUCAACAUUAUGAAUACCAAUCCGGCAAAAAUCCACAUUAUUCUACUCGUCCGCAAUAUAAGAUAAUACACCAAAAUAGAAGAUUGCGUAGAUCCGAUUCCACGAGCCCCGAAACUAGUACAUCUACGAUCGUUGCACAUGGCAAUGAUGUGAUCGCGAAAUCGCCGUUAACCGACACCAAACAUCUUACAAUCGACUCAUUACUUCCAGAACAUGAGCCUAUAAAUACUAAUGAUAAGCGUGUAGAGAAUCGAGAAAUUAAGGAUGACUAUAUGACGAUGCCACGUUACGGAAUGUCAGAUAUACUAUUCCCCGUACGUUAUCCAUCUUACAAUCCGGACAAAAUGCAAAUGCUUCAAAACUAUUUGAACGCCAAACGAACAGAAGCGACAACAGCAUCUCAGAGAAAAGAACCAAAUUGUAAUAUUUAUACGGAUUAUUUCAAUCUCUCUCCCAACAAGCCUUCUAUAAGAUUUGAUCCUCCUAUGGAAACAGCAUGGAAUGACGAUUAUCGUGACAAAUACCGUGAAGCAUGGGUUUGGCCGACUUCAUCAGCACCGCAAAAAUAUGUAUAUCACGGACCAAAUGCUUUUAAAUUCUUCAAUCUGUUUAGAGAUGAGAUGGAAGAUAAUGAAUCGAUAACUAAAUUUGUAGAUCGACAACCUUACAUUACCUAUGUGUAAAAUUAACAUACAGACUAACGAACUACUCGAGUAUCAAGUUAUUCUUCAUGAUUGGAAAACUCGUGAAUUAUGAAUUAUAUGAAAAUAUUUUUUCAAAGAUAUAAAGUUGUUUCAUAAAAUAAAAAUAAUAAGCCGAAAGAAAUUUAUAGUGUACAAGAUUAAUAUAUUCAAAAUUGUAAUCGAAGCGUGUUGAGAUCUCUUGCAUACGAUAGCUGGUAUUAUUAUGUUAUUAAAGACAUAUAAUUUCAAACUCCUCUAUUUACAGAAAUGAAAAAAAAAUAAAAAGUACCGAGUGAAUUUCAAAGAAAA